UUUACUCCUGGUUGACUCCAUUUAUUACUUUCAGACACUGAUAUAGUAGAAUGCAGAGAAAGAACUUCACAGAAGUGACAGAAUUCAUCUUCUUGGGAUUCUCUAGCUUUGGAAAGCAUCAGAUAACCCUCUUUGUGGUUUUCCUAACUGUCUACAUUUUAACUCUGGCUGGUAACAUCAUCACUGUGACUGUCAUCCGCAUUGACCAUCAUCUCCACACUCCUAUGUAUUUCUUCCUAAGCAUGCUGGCCAGUUCAGAGAGCGUGUACGCACUGGUCAUCGUGCCACGAAUGCUUUCCAGCCUCAUUUUUCAUAACCAGCCUAUCUCCUUGGCAGGCUGUGCAACCCAAAUGUUCUUUUUUGUUGUCUUGGCCACUAAUAAUUGCUUCCUGCUUACUGCAAUGGGUUAUGACCGCCAUGUAGCCAUCUGCAGGCCCCUGAGGUACACUGUCAUCAUGAGCAAGGGACUGUGUGCCCAGCUGGCGUGUGGGUCCUUUGGCACUGGUCUGGCUGUGGCAGUUCUCCAUGUGACAGCGAUGUUCAAUUUGCCCUUCUGUGGCACAGUGGUGGACCACUUCUUUUGUGAUAUUUACCCAGUCAUGAAUCUUUCUUGCACUGAUACCACUAUCAAUGAGAUAAUCAAUUACGGUGUAAGUUCAUUUGUGAUUUUCAUGCCCAUAGGCCUAAUAUUUAUCUCCUAUGUCCUCAUCAUCUCUUCCAUCCUUAAAAUUGCCUCAGCCGAGGGCCGGAAGAUCUUUGCCACCUGUGCCUCCCACCUCACUGUGGUCAUCGUCCGCUAUGGCUGUGCCUCCAUUGCCUACCUCAAGCCCAAGACAGAAAGUUCUUAGAAAAAGACCUUUUUCUUUCCAUGACGUACACCUUUCAUCACUCCCCUUCUAAACCCUGUUGUUUACAGUCUGAAAAACAAGGAGGUCAAGGAUGCCCUACGCAGAGUUGUGGGCAGAAAUAUUUCUUAACAGACUGGAUUAUUUUAUCAAGAGACUGUUAGCCCGGUGAGUGUGUCUACUCACAAACAUGCCACAAUACACACAUUCAUCAAAUAUAAUAUUUGUUGAGAAUACUGUCAGAGAAUUAGAAAUGCUUUUCUUUUUUAUGUUCUAGGGAUGGCAGAAAGCAGGAUUUCUGCUCUGGUGAAUUUUGUUACCAGACACAAGAAUCACUCCAAGCUGGAUUACGACUACUUGUUUCUGUGGUUGAAGAUUUCAGUUUUGAAAGCUUUUUGGCUUGCAUUUUACUUGAACUCUCUGACAGUCCAAUCUUUGACCUAGUCUGGUUAAGGGAUGUGGAGAACCAGGCCUUGGGAACAUAGGUGGCAGGGAUUUUAGAAAAAUAAGCUUCAGAGACACCAACUUUUAUUUCUCUCUGCUUAUAUAAAAAAGGAAGCUUUCAUUCUCAAGAGUCAAAUAAUAUUCCAGGUGAUAGUCAUUUUAUGAUGAUAUCUUAAUUCUUACUGAUUGAAAAAUGAAGAGUUUUGAAAAAAGAAGUCUCUUCUUUUAUUAUCCAGCUAUAUUUGCUUCUCAAAUAGAGUUCAUUUCUAAGUGUAUUCUUUUCCAUCUGUGCAAUCAAGGCGGAAAUCUCUGCUGUUCCCUGGGGAUAAGGAUAAAGAAGACAUACCGGUGGCUUUUCUCUAAAACUACAUUUUUAUCCAGAUGCACUUUUCAUACAGACUCGUCUAUUUUCAACCUAUGGGUAGCUUUUUAGAUUUUUAAUUUAUAUGUAGUAGCUUCGAUGACAUUGAAGUUGUUGUCUUAGAUAUUGGUUGUACUAAUUCUAGAGUCCAAGGUAAAUGCCGUUGACUUCCAUUCUCUCGGCAAACUGUGCAAACUUCAUGCUUCUCCAGACAUGUAUUUGUAAAAUUAGCAUAACUAUGCUACAUUAUUGUAUAUUGUCAAUGGGAAACAUUGUGGGAAUAUUUUGUCUUAUGACUCUUCCCACCGGAGUUUAUCUUUACUCUGAGACAGAGCUGGAAGAUACUUCCUAAGAGACACAGGUGUGGAAACAUCUGCUUUCACACACUCAGGACAUCUAUUGUUUUUCCAUCCUCAAGUCAGUUCCCAUCUCUUACUUCCCAGUUUUAUUUUUCUGUUCCUCACCACAGAAAUAGGGGUAAGUAUCUUCUAGGUGACCUGUGAUCUUCUCUUUCUUCUACAGAUCCCUUUGUGAGGAGGUCACAAACUGGAGGUGAAGGGUCUCUGCACAGUGUCCCCUUGAUUUGGUGGUCCCACUUGGAUAAUAUCUUAGCUGAUAGCAGGUCUCCCUACUGGCCAGCCAGAUAUCCUUCUCAAAAGGUGUCUAAACCUGGGGUUCAUAGUUUUUAGGGGAUGCCUUGAUGGGUGUCAGAGGGUUUUUAAACUUUUCUGAAAUUAUCCACUACAUUUUUAAUGUAAGUGUUAAUGUGACUUUUUCAACGUAUUCUUAAAGAAUUUACUCUGCGGUGGCUCAAGCCUGUAAUCCCAGCACUUUGGGAGGCUGAGGCGGGUAGAUCACUUGGUCAAAAGAUCGAGACCAUCCUGGUCAACAUGGUGAAACCCUGUCUCUACUAAAAAUACAAAAAAUUAGCUGGGCAUCGUGGCACGUGCCUGUAAUCCCAGCUACUCAGGAGGCUGAGGCAGGAGAAUUGCCUGAACCAGGAGGCGAGGUUGUGGUGAGCCGAGAUCGUGCCAUUGCACUCCAGCCUGGGUAACAAGAGUAAAACUCCAUCUCAAAAAAAAAAAAAAAAAAGAAAGAA